AUGGCAUCUCAAGACCCCUCCAACAAUGCCGCGGGGCACAAUCACUCACACGCCUCAAGACCAGCAACAGCUCUCACCUCAGACUCCCAGCCAGACCUAAUCGAAACGACUGCUGGUCCUCCUGAACCUCCCCCCGUCGUCGACAUCAAGAAUCUCCUCCGCCGUCUCUGGCCACAGCAGCCUGAUAUCACACCGGACGAGAUCUCUGAUGCCAUCGCCCACUUCUUUACCGACCGCAUCGACGAUGUGCAGACAGGCGCCCUGUUGAUGUGCCUGCACUUCACCGGUCUGGACAGAGAUCCAGCUGUCCUCUCACAGUGUGCUCGCAAGAUGCUCAAGGCCGCUGCCCGCGUCGAUGCUGGACUGCUCCGCCAUGUCGUCCAGACCAGAGGGCGCAAGGAGGGCAGCUAUCGUGGCGGCUUUUGUGACAUAGUCGGCACGGGCGGCGAUUCCCACAAUACCUUCAACAUCUCCACGACCGCCUCCAUCCUCGCCUCCUCCCUCCUUCUCGUCUCCAAGCACGGCAACCGCGCCUCCACCUCCAAGUCCGGCUCCGCCGACCUCAUCGCCAACAUGGCCUUCCCGCGCCCCCCCGACAUGACCGCCGUCGAGCCCGAGCACAUCGGCCAGAUCUACAGCCGCACCAACUACGCCUUCCUGUUCGCCCCCUCCUUCCAUCCGGGUAUGCGCUUCGUUAGCCCCAUUCGCCGCAAGCUGCCCUGGCGCACCAUCUUCAACCUUCUGGGGCCUCUCGCCAACCCCAUGGACGUCCACGACAGCCCCAUGAUCGAGGCCCGCGUCAUCGGCGUCGCCAGGCGCGAUCUGGGCCCCGUCUUCGCCGAGGCUCUCAGGCAAAACGGCGUCAGGAAGGCCAUGGUUGUCUGCGGCGAGGAGGACCUGGAUGAGGUCAGCUGUGCCGGGCCCACACUAUGCUGGAGGCUCGCUGAGGGUCCUGCCGGCGACGUAGAAGUGCGCCACUUCAGCCUGACGCCCGAGGACUUUGGUCUCUCGAGGCACCCUUUGUCCACGGUGUCACCGGGUAAGGAGCCAGCCGAGAAUGCCAAGAUCCUGAAGAGCAUACUGAACAACGAGUUGGCCGACGACGACCCCAUCCUCGAGUUCGUCCUCAUCAACACGGCCGCCCUGUUUGUGAUAUCAGGAGUUUGCGAAGCGGAUUCCAGUGACAUGGGCGCCGGCGACGACGGCAAGGUGGUCACAGAGGUCGGGCCUGGAAGUGGGAGAUGGAAGGAAGGAGUCAGGAGGGCAAGAUGGGCCAUAAAGAGUGGCGAGGCCUGGAGACAGUGGGAUGCAUUUGUCGAGGUCACGAAUAGCUUCCCCAGCUAA